GGAGUGGUUGGGCGAUAUGGCGCGGGUAUAUACCCAACUGCUCGGAAUCGCGGCCGAAAGUACAAUAUAUGUAUCAUCUCCGGACGCCCUCCUGCUUGAUCAAUAAACAUUUCCUACCACAAUUCAAAUCGAAAUCUGUAAGGUGUCUUUUAACUAAUCGAACAUGGAGAACAGUCCUUCAACCCUCCAGAGGUGGAGAGCAAGAACGUUGUCCAAGAUCAGUCAGAACACACGGACGGGGAAAGACGCUGAUUCCGACGCCCUCUCCUAUGCCUCCUCAGCGAGCGGGAAAAGCAUGUCAAGCACCACAUCCACGAGGACUACAUCGACAACCUCAGCUCAAUACCCUUCACACGAUGCGGCUGCGCUUGAAGCGGAGAUGAAACGCCUGAUGCGACUUGUUCACUACGGAGACGAGGACGCCCUACAGCAACUUCUACGGUUGCAAAGCCAACGCAGAACAGCGUUUCCCAAUCUUGGGACCA